CUGGCUAGUGGAUGCAAUCCAUAUGGCUUACCAGGCCAGAGGUUUACCCUGCCCACUGGGAGUGAGAGCUCACUCAACCAGGGGUGUCGCUGCCUCGGCAGCUCUUGCAAAUGGGGCCUCAUUAGCAGACAUCUGUAGAGCUGCAGGUUGGGCUACACCUAACACCUUUGCCAGAUUUUAUAAUUUGCGCAUGGAACCAGUGUCAGCUAGAGUCUUGAAUGCAAGCUCUUGACUCAGCACACUGACCGGUGUAGAGCUUGCCAAAAAGCGCUUCCCCUAAUGGCGAUUACGCUUCUGAGUUUCAGUAGGGGUCCUGACGUGAACCCUGGACACCAUUUCCAUCAACGGCACUCCUGGCGUAGCAGAGUUUGGCGGAGGAACUUGCUGCGAAAUCUCAAUGCAAGGUUGUGAUCUCCGUAGUGCCCUUUUUUCUUACGGGAAACAGGCACUUUCCCAACGUUCUCAAGAUACUCAGCCGCUCCACUGAGGAAAGACGCGGCUGCAGGACACUGCUGUAACAGGUCAGUCCUUGGACGUUGGAUGGUUGCGAGAGCUGUUAAUCAGUGAAGGACGAUGGUGUCUGUUAAAGAGCUGCUCCUGAACUCACUGAUGGAACUGGAAGAACAUCAUCUGAAGGAGUUUCAGUGGCACCUACAGAAAGAUCAUGAGUGUAUAUCAAAGUCUGAAAUGGAGAAUGCAGAUAGGUUAAAAACAGUAGAUAAGAUGGUGAUGUGUUUUGGACCAGAAGAAGCUGUGAAGAUCACAGUCAGCAUCCUGAGGAAGAUGAACCAGAAUGAACUGGCUGAACAGCUGGAGAACAAACACAAGCAAGCUCAGACUAAGGGAAUUACGAACACAUCUGUCCCUGUUGGAGCUGAUACAGAUCAAACCUCAAAGCUGCAAAACUUCUUUAAAACUCACAAAACCAAAAUGCAGAAGAAAGCAAAACAUAUUUUCGAGGGCAACAAAGAAAAUGAAACAGAUUUUAAGGCUGUUUACACAGAACUGUUCAUCACAGAGGGAGAUAUGGAAGAUGUCAAUCAGGAACAUGAGAUUCUGAAGAUUGAUGAUGCCCUAAAGACGCAGAAAUCACACGACAAACCAAUCAAAUGUGAAGAUAUAUUUAAUGAACUGAAAAAAAAGAAUGAGGAGAAGAUUGUGCUGACUAAGGGAGUUGCUGGCAUUGGAAAAUCUGUCUCUGUGCAAAAAUUCAUCCUGGACUGGGCAGAAGAAAAAACGAGUCAGGACAUAGACUGUGUGUUUCUGCUUCCAUUCAGAGAGAUCAACAUGAUUAAAAACAGAGAGAUCAGUUUCCAUGAGUUUCUGCUGGAAUUUUAUCCUGAAUUGAAGGACCUGGAGAAAUCACAGUUAUAUACAAAAUCUAAACUUGCAUUUAUAUUUGAUGGACUUGAUGAGAGUCGCCUGCCUCUGAAUUUUAGCAGUAGGUCAUUGAACACUGUUGAGGAAAGAUCAUCUGUAGAUGUGCUGUUCACAAAUCUGGUCAAAGGGAAUCUGCUUCCAUCAGCUCUGGUCUGGGUGACCUCACGACCAGCAGCAGCCAAUCAGAUUCCUCGUCGAUGUGUAGGUUUAUUCACUGAGGUGCGAGGAUUCACUGACCAACAGAAGGAGCAGUACUUCAGAAAGAGUAUCAGAGAUAAGGCCGAUAAAAUCAUCAAACACAUUAAGACGUCUCGUAGUCUCUACAUCAUGUGCCACAUUCCUGUGUUCUGCUGGAUCACAGCCACAGUUCUUCAGCAUAUUCUCAUCCUGAGCAGUGAAGAGAACAUCAACACAACACUUACUGAAAUGUAUAUCCACUUCCUGCUGAUACAGAUGAAUAUGAAGAACCAGAAGUACGAUGGAAAAAAACAAAGACAACGUACAGAGCUUUUACAUUCAAAUAGAAAAAUGAUUAAGAAAUUAGCCAAGCUAGCAUUUGAACAGCUGAUGCAAGAAAACAUUGUGUUUUAUGAGAAAGAUCUGAAAAAAUGUGGUAUAAAUAUGGGUAAAGACACUGAGUUCACAGGAAUGAUCGCUGAGCUCUUUAAGAAGGAAAAUGGACUUUAUGAGAGAAAGGUUUUCAGCUUUGUGCAUCUGAGUGUUCAAGAGUUUCUCGCUGCAGUGCAUGUGUUCAUCUGUUACCUGAACAAGAACAUGCGAGAGCUUCAGUUUUUCUUUGAAGAUUCACAACCUACAGUCAGACAAAAGCUUCAGUUAUUCUUUAGAACUGUCAAAUUUCAUGAGAUAACAAAGAGUGCCACUGAUAAAGCAAUGCAGAGUCAGAGAGGACAUCUGGAUCUGUUCCUACGGUUUCUGAUGGGAAUUUCACUGGAGUCCAAUCAAAACCUGCUCAAAGGCCUGAUCACAAGACCUCAAGACACCACAGAGAGCAUCAGACAAACAACUGAAUACAUUAAACAACUACAAAACAAUAAUAUCGCAGAUGAAGCUUCAGUCAACCUAUUCUACUGCUUACUUGAGCUCAAAGAUCAUUCAUUAUAUGAGGAAAUCCAGAGUUACCUCAGUUCAGAUGAACAUCCAGGAAGAAAACUCUCAUCUUCAAUGUGCACAGUGCUGACCUAUGUACUGCUCAUGUCAGAGAAUGUGCUGGAUGAGUUCAGCCCGAAGAGGUUCACAUCACGAGAAAAUUACAAAAGACUUAUUCCAGCUGUGAGAUGCUGCAGAAAAGCGCUAUUUGAUGGCUGUGGUUUUGAUGAAGCAUGCUGUGAAACUGUGUCUUCGGCUCUACAAUCGUCAAACUCUCAUCUGACAGAGCUGGAGCUGAGUAAUAAUCACCUGCACAAUUCAGGAGUGAAGCUGAUUUAUGAUGGACUGAAGAGUCCAAACUCUAAGCUGGAGAUGUUGAGGUUGUGUGGGUGUGAAAUCACUGCUCAGUCCUGUGAGAAUUUGUCAUCAGUUUUGAAAUCCUCAAACUCUGUCCUGAGAGAACUGGAUCUGAGUAAAAAUGACCUGCAGGAUUCUGGAGUGAAGCUUCUUUCUGAAGGACUAAAGAGUCCAAACUGUCAGCUGGAGAUACUGAGGUUCUGUGGGUGUGAACUCACUGCUCAGUCCUGUGAGAGCUUGUCAUCAGUUUUGAAAUCCUCAAAUCCUCAAAUCCUAAAAGAGCUGGACCUGAGUAACAAUGACCUGCAGGAUUCUGGAGUGAUGCUUCUUUCUGAAGGACUGAAGAGUCCAAACUGUCAGCUAGACAUACUGAGGUUGUGUGGGUGUGAACUCACUGCUCAGUCCUGUGAGAGUUUGUCAUCAGUUUUGAAAUCCUCAAACUCUGUCCUGAAAGAGCUGGAUCUGAGUAACAAUGACCUGCAGGAUUCUGGAAUGAAACUUCUUUCUGAAGGACUGAAGAGUCCAAACUCUAAGAUGGAAAUGUUGAGAUUGUCCAUAUGUAAUCUCACUGCUCAGUCUUGUGAGAGUUUGUCAUCAGUUUUGAAAUCCUCAAACCCUGGCCUGAGAGAACUGGAUCUGAGUAACAAUGACCUGCAGGAUUCUGGAGUGAUGCUUCUUUCUGAAGGACUGAAGAGUCUAAACUGUCAGCUGGAGACACUGAGGUUGUCUGCCUGUAUGGUGACAGAGGAAGGCUGUGGUUAUUUGUCUUCAGCUCUAAGUUCAAACCCCUUACACCUGAGAGAGCUAAAUCUGAGCUACAAUCACCCAGGAGAUUCAGGAGUCAAGCUGCUCUCUGAAAAACUGGAGGAUCCAAACUGCUCACUGGACAAACUCAAUGUUGAUCAUGGAGGAGAAUCCAGGAUUACAGCAGGACUGAAGAAAUAUGCCUGUUUUCUCACACUGGAUCCAAACACAGCAAACACUCAACUCAUUCUGUCUGAGGAGAACAGAACAGUGAGAUGUGUGAUGAGGAAUCAGUCGUAUCCUGAUCAUCCAGACAGAUUUGAUGUGUAUCCUCAGGUGUUGUGUAGAGAGAGUGUGUGUGGACGCUGUUACUGGGAGAUUGAGUGGAGUGGAAAUGUGUAUAUAUCAGUGUCAUAUAAGAGCAUCAGGAGGAAGGGAGUGGAUGUUAAAUGUCGGUUUGGAGAUAAUGAUCAGUCCUGGAGUUUGAACUGCUCUCGUGACAAAUACACAUUCAGACACAAUAAGAUAGUGACUGAUCUCCCUGUGAAGCCCAUCAUCAGUAGAACAGGAGUGAAUGAUGAUUAUGAUCAUAAUAUCUAUAGAAUAGGAGUGUAUGUGGAUGUGAGUGCAGGAACUCUGUCCUUCUACAGCGUCUCUGACACAAUGAGUCUCAUCCACACAGAACAGACCACAUUCACUCAGACGCUCUAUCCUGGGUUUACUGUUUAUCCUGGAUCAUCAGUGAAACUGUGUUGAUGAAUGAGAAUAGACUGAUGAGAGAUUGUACCCAUAAUGCUUUGAGCUGAUGAUGAAUCAGUAACAGUGAGAUGUUAUAGAGUCUCUUCAUCACAUGAAUAUGAACAUGAAUCAGAAUAAAUGUGUGUGAUAAAUCCUCAUAUAGACAGUAAGAUCAGUGUGUGUGUAAGUAUAUUUGUGUUUUAUUGUCGUGUCUCAUCAAUCAUUUGUUUUAUUAUGAUCAAAAUCAUCUUUCAGUUGAAUACAAACAUGAUUCAUGAACAUGUCAUUCAUUUCUUUCUAUUGUUUUUGCACAUAAAUAAUAAAACACAGUCACAAAUCAACCUGAAAUCAGAUUUUAAUUGAUGUUUGUAUCAUGAAUAUAAUCAAUUCCUCACAAGACUGAAAUGAGUUUCUGACAUUAUAAAAUAUGACAAUAAUCACAGCAUUUACUAUAAUACAAUAUUUUGUAAAUACAGUAAAGUUGUAUUAUGGGAUCUCCUUAAAUAAAAAAGCUGUCAGAAUA